GUCAACAUGGCGCGCUCCUAGAAACCUGUCGCCUCUCAGAAUAUCGAAUUCUUUUCUGAAACCGAGUGGUAUUUUCUUGUGAGCAAUCUGUGAUCUGACUGAGUGAUCGGCUGUGGUGACAGUUACAUUACCGUGCCAGGAUGGCGUCGGCCAGUGGGGAAGGCGCUGGCGUGAGGACCAGUGUCGCGUCGCAGUUUUUCACUGGCGAGGAGGACACGGCCAUUGAUAUGACCACCAGCGAGAAGGUUGUGGAUCUAUUGAACCAGGCAGCCAUGAUUUCCACGGAGAGCAAGCUGGUAGUUCUAAAGCAGGUUCAGGAACUCAUCAUUAAUAAGGACCCUUCAUUGUUGGACAACUUCUUAGAUGAGAUUAUAGCAUUUCAGACCGAUAAAUCGAUGGAAGUUCGCAAAUUUGUUAUUGGCUUCAUAGAGGAGGCGUGUAAGAGGGAUAACGAGCUGCUGCUGAAGCUGAUUGCUAACCUGAACAUGCUGCUGAAGGAUGAAAGUGUCAAUGUGGUGAAGAAGGCCAUCCUCACCCUCACUCAGCUCUACAAAGUGGCCUUACAGUGGCUGGUGCGUUCGAAAGUGGUGUCGGAAAUGCAGGAGGCGUGCUGGGACAUGGUGACCCAGAUGAAGGAGGACGUGCUGGCCCUGCUGGACUCCGACAACGACGGGGUGCGCACCCACGCCAUAAAAUUCACAGAGUCCCUCAUCAUCACCCUCUCGCCCCGAACGCCUGACUCUGACACGCCCCGCCGGCAAGAGGGUGACAUCAGCCUGGACAAGAUCCCCCGGGACCACCCUUACAUCCGCUAUGAUACGCUGUGUGAGGAGGGAAAAUCGGCUCUGGAGCAGCUUCUGAAGUUCAUGGUGCACCCGGCCAUCUCUAGCAUCAACCUGACGACCGCGCUGGGCUCCCUGGCCACGCUGGCCCGACAGAGGCCCAUGUUCAUGUCUGAGGUGGUGCAGGCCUACGAGACGCUGCAUGCCAACCUGCCCCCGACCCUGGCAAAAUCCCAGGUGAGCAGUGUGCGAAAGAACCUGAAGCUCCACCUGGUGUCGGUGCUGAGGCACCCCUGCAGCCUGGAGUUCCAGGGCCAGAUCAGCACCCUGCUGCUGGACCUCGGCAUGGCACAGAGUGAAAUCGCCCGCUGCACGCCCGCCCCCCGAGAUCAGCGCAAGAGGGGCCGCCAUGAUCCCUUCGUCGAGGGCAAGAAGAUCAAGAUCGAGCCCACUCUUAUAGAAGAUGACGAGGACAAAGAGGAGCCUGCGCCGGCCUCGGUCCCCAAACCUUCCUCUGUCCCAGGCACGCAGUCUGCCAUCGACCUCACAGCCGAGUUCCUGCUCCCGCUGCUCACCCCGGAUAACGUGGCUAACCUGGUGCUGAUCAGCAUGGUCUACCUGCCCGACGCCAUGCCAGCCUCCUUCCAGGCCACGUACACGCCGGUGGAGUCGGCGGGCACCGAAGCCCAGAUCAAACACCUGGCCAGGCUGAUGGCCACCCAGAUGACCUCGGCUGGAAUCGGACCUGGACUGGAGCAGUGCAGGGCGCGAGAGGAGGAUUCCGGUAAGGAGGCGGGCGAUGGGGAGGGAGGCGUGGAGUCCUCGCUCAGCGCUAAAGACCCGUUCAUCAAGCGCAGGGUGUCAGCUGUGUCCCUGGGGCAGGCCAUCUCGGUGGUGGGGGCCCACGGGGGGAAGAGCCAGGCUGACGACAUAGAGAGUGCACCCCAGGUGGCUAAGAGACUGCCUGAGCCUAUCCUGCCCUCCACACAGACUAAAGCACCCGGUGCAAGUGGACGCAAGAAGGUCUUCCGAAUAGCGGACGUGAUCCAGCCCUUAACGGACGCCCAGAUAGAGAAGCUGACCAACAUGGCAGUCAAGCGCAUUCUCCAAUCAGAAAAGGCCAUAGCACGCAGCGGGAUGGCCCAUGUGCGUGUGAAGCUGUUGUCCCGCCUGGUGACCCAGUUCGACGGUGUUAUGAAGGAUGAGGUGCUGGAGUUCGUCCUGGAGGACAUCCGAACCCGCAGCGACCUGGCCUUCUCGCUGCUUUACCAGGAGUACAAUGCCUACCUCAGCCAGCUGCCCGCCGGCUCGCUGGAGAGCUACGACCACUGCCUCAUCACGCUGCUGUCCGGCCUGCAGGAGAAGCCUGAGCAGAGAGACGGACUUUUCACAAAGCUGGUUCUGGAAGCUCCUCUGAUUACGGAGUCUGCUCUGGAGGUGAUCCGACGCUACUGUGAGGACGAGUCGCGGGUGUACCUGGGCAUGACCACUCUGAAAGAACUCAUUGUGAAGCGGCCCUCCAGGCAGUUCCAGUACCUACACGUUUUGCUGGACCUCAGCUCCCAUGACAAGGACAAGGUGCGCUCCACUGCCCUGACAUUCAUCAAGCGCAUGUACGAGUGGGACCAGCUGAGGGACUACAUCGAGAAGUUCGCUCUCAACUACAUGCAGCUGCUGGUGCAUCCAAACCCGCCAUCUAUGCUCUUCGGGGCUGACAAGGACACGGAGGUGGCCUCACCCUGGACGGAAGAGACUGUGAGACAGUGCCUGUACCUCUACCUCUCCCUCCUGCCACUCAACCACCGGCUGGUCCACGAGCUGGCGUCCGUCUACACCGAGGCCAUCGCCGACAUCAAGCGCACCGUGCUGCGUGUCAUCGAGCAGCCGAUACGGGGCAUGGGGAUGAGCUCUCCAGACCUGCUGCUAUUGGUGGAGAACUGUCCUAAGGGGGCGGAGACUCUGGUCACCCGCUGCUUGCACAUCCUGACAGACAAAGUGCCUCCCUCGCCGGAGCUGGUGGAGAGAGUGAGGGACCUGUACCACAAGCGUGUGCCGGACGUCCGCUUCCUCAUCCCUGUCAUCAACGGACUGGAGAAGAAAGAGGUGAUCCAGGCGCUGCCCAAGCUCAUCAAGCUCAACCCUAUCGUGGUGAAGGAGGUCUUCAAUCGGCUGCUGGGCACCCAGCACAGUGAAGGCAGCUCCUCCAUGUCUCCCCUGACUCCUGGAGAGCUCCUGAUCGCCCUGCACAACAUCGAUUCAACCAAGUGUGACAUGAAGUCUAUCAUCAAAGCCACCAACCUGUGCUUCGGGGAGAAGAACGUGUACACGUCGGAGGUGCUGGCGGUGGUGAUGCAGCAGCUGAUGGAGCAGAACCCCCUGCCCAUGCUGCUGAUGCGCACCGUCAUCCAGUCCCUCACCAUGUACCCGCGGCUCGGCGGCUUCGUCAUGAACAUCCUGUCCCGCCUCAUCAUCAAACAGGUGUGGAAGUACCCCAAGGUGUGGGAGGGCUUUGUGAAGUGCUGCCAGCGGACCAAGCCGCAGUCCUUCAGUGUCCUCCUGCAGCUGCCCCCGCCCCAGCUGACCAGCGUGUUCGAGCGCUGCCCCGAGAUGAGGGAACCCCUGCUGCAGCACGUCCACUCCUUCACCCCCCACCAGCAAGCCCACAUACCGUCCUCUAUCAUGGCUGUCUUAGAGGCCAACAUCAAGCAGGAGCCGGAGGCCACGGAGCCUGAGGACCGAGAGAUGGAGCCCCCAAGUGUCAUUCCCACCCCAGCAGCUAUGGUCGAACCUGCACCAGUAUUGUCAAAAGCACCAGAUUCACAGGCCCAGCAGUACCCAGCUAAUGAGGAAGAGGAGGAUGCCGUAGAGGAGGGAGAGUCAGGUCUCACCAGCCAGGAUAACCCUGUAGAUGCAGUGGCACAGGAGGACCCGGUGGAAACUGAGGAAAGCUCCACCCCUGCUCUCAUAGAGAAGGUAGAAGAGCCAAUGGAGGAAGCUGCUGUGGAGCCGUUGGACAUAGCAGACCAAUCAAAAGAACCAAUAGAGGAGAGUAACGCAGAGGCGCAGACUGAUGUUGGUGAUGUAGAAUGACGACCUGAGGAGAGAAUGAAGCAGCUUAAAUGCAAAGAAGAUGUCACUGAGGCAGAAAGGAGUAAUGCAGUUGAAUUGCAGCAUCUGAGCUGCUAAAGACCUGAAGUAGGCACAAGCUGUCUGAGUCACAUACCACGGGGAACAAGCGCUCUGAUGAAGGCCUAAAAGCUGUCAUAAAAACCUCUUUGUGUUUUGAAGAUUGGACAUUAAAAUUCUAUUAGAUUUCUUGGUUUGUUAUUUGUUUGAGACAAAAAU